AUGGUUAUUGAUGCCCCCUCUGAACCAGCACCUUAUAGCGAAUCCUUAUCACAAUCGGUUGAGUCAUUGCGUGGCUCAAAAAUGGACGAGUCUAGGGAUCUUAAAUUUUCUACUUGUUCUUCGUCAUCAUCAUCAUCUCAUCAAGCUUCAGGGGGGCCUCAAAGAGUCGGGACUUAUAUUAUCGAGAGGACUAUUGGGAAGGGCAAUUUCUCUUUCGUCAAGCUUGCUCGUCACACUGUAACCAAUGUUAAAGUUGCAAUAAAAAUUAUCGACAAAACAAAGUUGAAUGAAGAGAAUUUGAAGAAGGCCCAGCGAGAAGCGGAUAUACUUAAGUCUCUCCAUCAUCCAAAUAUAAUUAAAUUAUACCAAGUUAUGGAAUCAGAGAAACUCCUUUGUAUAGUUACCGAAUACCUCCCCAAUGGAGAACUCUAUGAGUAUAUUGCGCGGAAUGGAUACCUGAGUGAACAGGUCGCUCGACAUAAAUUCAUGGAGAUUCUUUCAGCUGUGGAGCACUGCCAUCUCAAUAAUGUUGUCCAUCGUGAUCUCAAGGCAGAAAAUAUGCUCCUGGAUCAACAUAUGUCUAUCAAAUUGGCUGAUUUUGGAUUUGGUACCUUUCAACCUAGUGGACCGGAUUCACUUCUAACAACUUGGUGUGGGAGUCCGCCCUAUGCUGCACCAGAGAUCUUCAAAGGCGAACCUUAUCUCGGCGUUUCUGCAGACAUUUGGAGCCUAGGAGUUAUCCUCUAUGUCCUUGUCUGCGGUGUACUACCCUUCAAUGCUCAAGAAGUCUCUUGUCUUCGACGGCAGGUCCUAGAGGAGCAUGUUCGAGUUCCCUACUGGCUCUCGAUGUCGUGUGAAGACCUGCUAAAGCGUAUGCUGGCCAAAUCACCUGACAAACGGCCCUCAGUAGCAGAGAUCAAGGCCUCCAAGUGGCUCUCUGAAAUCAAUGAUGUCGGCCCGGUGCCCUUCCCUAUACCCAUGGAUGAACCUGACACGGCCUCGGUUCAUCGCCUCUCGACUUCAUUGGAUACAGGGAAAACUGGCUCCUCUAUUAUUCCUCAUCGGCCGCGUUCUUCGGUUCAAUCUCCACCAUCUCCAACUCUGGCUGCUGAAAUGAAGGCUGGCAAACUCGAUGACACUGUGAUCCAGAUUAUGGAGAACUCGGGUAUUGAUCGAGGCCAACUACUUGAGUCUCUAAAACGUUGUGCAUAUGACCACUUAACUGCAACUUAUCUUCUGCUUGGGGAGUCCCUUCGAAAGAAUAGACAUAGUCUGUCUCAGACCCUAGCUCCUCGAACAGAAGAGAUAGAGGUCCUAUGUCAAACGAGGAAACGCCAAUGUCAGCAACAACAACAGGUGUACCAACAUCAUCAAUGCCAACAACCCUACGCUCGUUCAUCUUGCCCCUCCAGGGGUGUUGCUGCGGAACUCCUCUUUCAACACCACCUUCCCAAUUGGCAUCAACACCAUCAGCUCCACAAUCAGGAUCGCAAUGAGCCAUCGAUCUCUCUUGGAACGCCCAGUACCACGCCAUUUAUUUGUGGAAACGUCAACCCCAAUGCCAACGCUUUUAUUUCCUCCAAUGGUGGUGGAACUGUGUUGACUAAUAGAGAUGCACCAAUCUAUCCCUCGUCUCAUCCCCGUCAGGGCUUCCUGUUUGGACCCACUCUUCCCUUAGUUGCGGAGUUUUCAGUUUCUGGAACUGGCGGUGGUUUGCGUAGGACUGAUUCGUUGCCUUCUCCCCCCGGUUCUCCAAUUAAUUUGAGCAGCAGAUGCACAGCAGAAAGUAGCAAUGCCGGUGGAAAUUGUGGUGGAGAUUGUUUCGAGUUGGACUGGUUUCCCUAUCAAUCAGAAGGAGUUGCAUCUUCCCCUGCACCUGUAUUUUCGUUUGGAGGGGAACUUGCACCCAAACAGAAUACCCCAUCUGUGCUCGGCGGUCCUUCCUUCCCAAUCAAUCACUUGCCUGCAGGCAAUGGUCCAGUGUUUCCCUUCUCUGCAAAUGUCCCAAAUCCCUUUGGUACCCAUCUUACAGCCCCUCUCGCAUCCGGUACUAAUUCUCACGAGAUCGAUCUCACUUUUAUUCCAUCCCAUUCAGCAGCCAUGCCUUCUACAUCAGUUGUAACUCAUCCUCAUUCCGAAUCUCACAAUCAACCACCCUCAGCCCAGCGUUUAACCAGCAAUCAACGUCGCUACAGCGCCACAGGGGCUUCGUCGCGUCUUCUGCCCCUUCCAGCAUCUCUUAUUCAGUGCCCCUGUGAUUCACAACAUCUCUACGAGAAAUGCGCCAACGAUGAACACACUAGUGGUCUUGGAAGUUCUAUUGAAGCUGAUUCCCACCACUCAAGCUUCUCUCAGCCGACCCCAGCUCCAUCUCUUACCUCAGCUCUUGCCCAUACCUCUCAUUUCACUCCAAUGGAAAUUGGAGGAAUGAAUGAGGAUAUAGGAAUAGAUAUUCCCACAACAGCUAGAGUUCCGCGUAAGAGGAUUUCAGCACACUCGCCGUUGAUCCAUCCAACCUCGUGUUCUGCGACUUCUCCUGCUGCUCUUGCAGCUGCCGCGGCUUUAGCAAUGGGUGGUUGUCCAAGAAGGAAGUUCGGUGUUAUUGAACGGCCUCCUGCAUUGACAGAACAGUUGGGUAGAUUCCAGUUUCAACAGAUGGUAGCUGGGGGUGGCGCGCCGAAGCAGUCACAACCAACACAACAAACGCCGUCUUCACACCUUACGCAUCACCUUCAACAAUAA